AUGAGACCUGCAUUUCAUGCACGAGUAUCUUUCCCUGUGAAGGCCCGAAAGGUGCCCUCCGUCUGCGUCUCUCGUCCUUAUCCCUGGAGACCAGCUCCACUGCGCUCUACGGCUCAUGCACGGUGUAUAUCCACGAUCAAGUCAGGGCACAUCAAGCUUGACGACAAUGAAGGGAUCAUAUAUAUCAAUAAUAUUUUCCCCCAUCGGCUUCAAUGGCUGCUGCGGGGUCCUCUCAGCCAUGUACAGCCUCUCGAAGGGCUCUUGAAGCGAGUCAGCAACCCUGACCUUGCUGCAGCUGAUCCUCUUCAUAUCGCCCAGCGUGUAUUACCUCAAAAUUUGAAACUUGAAAUCAAAGAAGUGAUCCCACGAUACAAGGAAGGCGGUGCAUUCGUCAAAUUCGAACGCAAGCUCGGCACCACUGAUGAGAACAUUAGUGAGGCAAUCAAGGAACAUCUCACCAAAAACCCUAUCAGGCCAUGGUUUAAUCCAUUCCAAACAGCAGAGGCCGAUGUAGUUCGGGGAAGACCAUGGAUUGAAGAUCUAUAUCGGAUCCCAAGCCAAAGCCUGAAAGUUGAAUUCCUGCCCGCCUCAACUGAAGGUCCACCAGCAGAGCUGAAUCAAGAGGCACUAUAUUCUCUCUUUCGUCCCUUUGGCAAAAUCCUCGACAUCCAGCAGCAGCCAUCGGACUCAAAGGUUGAGCCCCGGUACGCCAUUCUGCGCUUCGAACGCCCUCGAUACUCCGUACUGGCAAGAAAUUGCAUGCACGGGUAUGAUGCAUUUGAGGAAGACGGAGGGGGAAAAUCCGGUACCAGAUUCAAGAUAAGCUAUGAGCGCAAGAUUCGUUUGUCUAUGAUCAAGGAUUGGAUUUUGAGCCACCCACGAAUUAUGUUUCCUGUCAUCGCGGCUCUGGUAGCAGCAAUCACCGUCAUUAUCUUCGAUCCUAUUCGGACAUUCUUCAUCAAACUCAAAAUCAAGGCCACACUUCACAUUGAAGAUAAUGCCGUCAUGCAGUGGAUUCGGAAGCAGGCCAGCAAAGCCAAUAAGAUUUACUUUGGACAACGCAAGGCGGAUCCUCGGGGCUUGACAGCCAUUUGGGAAGAUCGGCAAGGCGAUAUCUCGCAGCUCCAAGCCUGGCUAACAGAGACCGCGGAAACAUUCAUUGUCAUCCAUGGCCCGAGAGGCUCGGGCAAGCGGGAACUGGUUCUAGAGCAGGCGCUGAAAGAUCAUCACUACAAAGUUAUCAUUGACUGCAAGCAGAUUCAAGACGCUCGAGGUGAUUCUGCCAAGAUUGCUCGGGCAGCAGCGCAGGUCGGUUAUCGACCCAUCUUCUCAUGGAUGAACAGCAUUAGCAGUUUGAUCGACCUAGCUGCGCAGGGAAUGAUCGGUACCAAGGCUGGAUUCUCUGAGACCCUGGAUGCCCAACUUAGCAAAAUCUGGCAAAAUACAGCAGUAGCCAUGAAGCGAGUUGCGCUCGAAGGUCGGCGGAAGGAAGACAAGGAUGCCAGUCUCAAAGACGAUGAAUAUCUCGAAGUUCAUCCUGACAAACGGCCAGUUGUCAUCAUCGACAAUUUUAUGUAUGAUGCAGAGAAUAGUGUUGUGCUCGACAAACUAACAGAAUGGGCGGCUGGGUUGACGACUGCCAAUAUUGCGCAUGUCAUCUUUCUAACUACCGAUUCGUCCUUUUCCAAACCUCUAAGCAAAGCUCUUCCAAACCAGGUCUUCCGGACAAUUGGAUUGGGUGACUGCUCCCUGGAAGUGGGUCGUCGCUUUGUGCUAAAUCACUUGGAAUCCGGAACAGGCGAAGGCGGACAAUCCAAGGAGAAGCUCCAAGGCCUAGAUGAUUGUAUUCAAAUCCUAGGAGGCCGGGUCACUGACCUUGAGUUCAUGGCACAUCGCAUUGAAGCGGGAGAGACUCCUCGAGCUGCGGUAAACAGAAUUAUUGAACAGUCUGCUUCUGAAAUCAUGAAAAUUUUCAUCUUAGGCACAGACUCAGCCUCACCACAAUGGACCACUGAGCAAGCAUGGCACAUUAUCAAAGCCCUUGGGCAGGCUGAGGAUGGACAGCUUCUCUACAACAAGGUCUUAUUCAAUGAUCUGUUCAAAGGCAAUGGCGAAGCCACCCUACGGGCACUUGAGCAAGCCGAAUUGAUCUCUAUUAGAUCUGUCAAGGGGUUCCCUCGCUGGAUCAAACCCGGAAAGCCCGUGUACAAGGCUGCAUUCCGGCAGUUGAUCGAGAACAAAACAUUGGAAGGUCGACUAGAUCUUCUCAUUCUCAGCGAGCUGAUCAGCAAUGAGAACAAGAGCAUUGGCAAGUAUGAAGAAGAACUUGCGCUGCUCGGUUCGCUCCCGAAAUAUCCGUGGGAAUUGACGUCGCGAAUUGAGUGGCUUUUGAGCAAGGUUCAUGGCUCGCAAUCAAAGAUUCUCCGAUAUGAAAAGGAGAGUGCUAGAUUGCAAAAGAUUCUGCAGAGUGAGAAGUGA